AUCAGCGGGACAGUGGGUCUCGCGCCCCGCCUGGGUCCCCGAGGCGACUGCGAACCGAGGGGACCGCGAGGACACGUCCUUGAGGCCCGGCGGCAGGGCGGCGGCCAGGGAACCGGUGGGCCGGUUGGGCCUGAGGGCCAGUGCAGCGACGGGGCGCCCCUGGGUCCAGUCUGGAGGGCGCAGUGCUGACCCGGCGGUCACGGUCAUCCUUGUAGAACGAGUGUCAGGCAGAGGGGACAGCUCGAGCGAUAUUCGCGGAGCCCUAAAGAUCAAGAGUUCACGCCCAGGCGCCUUCUUUAAAGUGAUGGAGAAGGGCCGGAUAUGGGCUCCAAAUUGACCCGAAGCCAAGAUCCGCGUGGAUACGGCAGGUUGUGCCCCUCCUAGUAGGACAGGAGGAGGAUGCGAGGAUCCAAGGACUGUGUAGCUACAAUGUUGUCAAGACUUUUCCGUAUGCAUGGCCUCUUUGUGGCCUCCCAUCCCUGGGAGGUUAUUGUGGGAACAGUGACACUUACUAUCUGUAUGAUGUCCAUGAACAUGUUUACUGGCAACAACAAGAUCUGUGGAUGGAAUUAUGAGUGCCCAAAAUUUGAAGAGGACGUGCUGAGCAGUGACAUCAUCAUCCUCACAAUAACACGGUGCAUCGCCAUUCUGUACAUUUACUUCCAGUUCCAGAACUUACGUCAGCUUGGAUCCAAAUAUAUUCUGGGUAUUGCUGGCCUCUUCACAAUUUUCUCAAGUUUUGUCUUCAGUACAGUCGUCAUUCAUUUCCUCGACAAAGAAUUGACAGGCUUGAACGAAGCUUUGCCCUUUUUUCUGCUCUUGAUUGACCUUUCUAGAGCAAGUGCAUUAGCAAAGUUUGCCCUAAGUUCAAACUCACAGGAUGAAGUAAGGGAAAAUAUAGCUCGUGGGAUGGCAAUCCUAGGCCCCACAUUCACCCUUGAUGCUCUUGUGGAAUGCCUUGUAAUUGGAGUUGGCACCAUGUCAGGGGUCCGCCAGCUUGAGAUCAUGUGCUGCUUUGGCUGUAUGUCUGUGCUGGCCAACUACUUUGUGUUCAUGACAUUCUUCCCAGCCUGCGUGUCCCUGGUCCUAGAGCUUUCUCGGGAAAGCCGUGAGGGUCGUCCAAUUUGGCAGCUCAGCCAUUUUGCCAGAGUUUUAGAAGAAGAAGAAAAUAAGCCAAAUCCUGUAACCCAAAGGGUCAAGAUGAUUAUGUCUUUAGGCUUGGUUCUCGUUCAUGCUCACAGUCGCUGGAUAGCUGAUCCUUCUCCUCACAACAGCACAGCAGAACAGUCGAAGGUUUCCUUGGGUCUGGACGAAGAUGUGUCCAAGAGAAUUGAACCAAGUGUUUCUCUCUGGCAGUUUUAUUUCUCCAAGAUGAUCAGCAUGGACAUUGAGCAAGUGAUUACUCUGAGUUUAGCAUUCCUUUUGGCCGUCAAGUAUAUUUUCUUUGAACAAGCAGAGACAGAAUCGACACUCUCAUUAAAAAAUCCUAUCACGUCUCCUGUCAUGACUCCAAAGAAAGGUCAAGACAACUGUUGUAGACGCGAGCCUCUGCUUGUGAGAAGGAACCAGAAGCUUUCUUCAGUGGAGGAGGAUCCAGGAGUGAACCAAGAUAGAAAAGUUGAGGUUAUAAAACCUUUAGUGGUGGAAGCCGAGACUGCAAGCAGAGCUACGUUUGUGCUUGGUGCCUCUGUAGCCAGCCCUCCAUUGGCCCUGGGGACACAGGAGCCUGGAAUUGAACUCCCCAGCGAGCCUCGACCUAAUGAAGAAUGUCUGCAGAUACUGGAGAAUGCAGAGAAAGGUGCAAAGUUCCUUAGUGAUGCAGAGAUCAUCCAGUUGGUCAAUGCUAAGCAUAUCCCAGCUUACAAAUUGGAAACACUAAUGGAAACUCAUGAACGUGGUGUGUCUAUUCGCCGGCAGCUCCUCUCCACAAAGCUUGCAGAGCCGUCUUCUCUACAGUACCUGCCUUACAGAGAUUAUAAUUAUUCCUUGGUAAUGGGAGCUUGCUGUGAGAAUGUGAUCGGAUAUAUGCCCAUCCCUGUUGGAGUGGCAGGGCCUCUAUGCCUGGAUGGGAAAGAGUACCAGGUGCCAAUGGCAACAACAGAAGGCUGUCUUGUGGCUAGCACUAACAGAGGCUGCAGAGCGAUAAGUCUUGGUGGAGGUGCCAGCAGCAGAGUCCUUGCAGAUGGGAUGACCCGAGGCCCAGUGGUGCGUCUUCCUCGUGCUUGUGACUCUGCAGAAGUGAAGACCUGGCUUGAAACACCUGAAGGGUUUGCAGUGAUAAAGGAGGCCUUCGAUAGCACCAGCAGAUUUGCACGUCUACAGAAACUUCACGUGACGAUGGCAGGGCGCAACCUCUAUAUCCGUUUCCAGUCUAGGACGGGGGAUGCCAUGGGGAUGAACAUGAUCUCCAAGGGUACGGAGAAAGCACUGCUGAAGCUUCAGGAGUUCUUUCCUGACAUGCAGGUUCUGGCAGUUAGUGGUAACUAUUGCACUGACAAGAAGCCUGCUGCCAUAAACUGGAUCGAAGGACGAGGAAAGACUGUGGUUUGUGAAGCCGUCAUUCCAGCCAAGGUGGUGAGAGAGGUGUUAAAGACGACUACGGAGGCUAUGGUUGACGUGAACAUUAAUAAGAAUCUUGUGGGCUCUGCCAUGGCUGGGAGCAUAGGAGGCUACAACGCCCAUGCAGCAAACAUUGUCACUGCUAUCUACAUUGCAUGUGGCCAGGAUGCAGCACAGAACGUGGGGAGUUCAAACUGUAUUACUUUAAUGGAAGCAAGUGGUCCUACAAAUGAAGACUUAUAUAUCAGCUGCACCAUGCCAUCUAUAGAGAUAGGAACCGUGGGUGGUGGGACCAACCUUCUACCUCAGCAAGCCUGCCUGCAGAUGCUAGGUGUUCAAGGAGCAUGCAAAGACAAUCCUGGAGAAAAUGCACGGCAGCUUGCCCGCAUUGUGUGUGGUACUGUGCUGGCUGGAGAGUUGUCCUUGAUGGCAGCAUUGGCAGCAGGACAUCUUGUCAGAAGUCACAUGGUGCACAACAGAUCAAAGAUAAAUUUACAAGAUCUUCAAGGAACGUGCACCAAGAAGGCAGCUUGAGCAUCCUGGCAUACUGAACUGAAACACGGGCAUUGGGUUCUCAAGGACUAACAUGAAAUCUGUGAAUUAAAAAUCUCAAUGCAGUGUCUUGUGGAAGAUGAAUGGACAUGAUCAGUGAGACGCCUACUUGGUUUCUGGCUCUUUCAGAGACGUCUGAGGUCCUUUGUACAGAGACUCCUCAGAUGUGGAAACUCUGGUUCUUUCCAUGCUGUGUUCUGGAAAGAUCUCACGUGGAUGUUAACGGUGCUCUGAGCACCACAGAUGUGAUUGAUCUGCAGCUCGUUUCUGAAAGCUACCACAAGCUGGAAACUGGUGUUUUGACAAAGUGAUGGAGUUCCUGGUGAUCAAUGUGGGGCUCACCUCCUAGUGGGUUAAAAAUGGUUUUAAAUGACACUGUAGCUGACAGAACUUUUGAUUUUUAUUUAUUCAGUCUGGGUUGUAGAACUUUGCAAUCUAAGUUUAUUUUUUGUAAACUAAUAAUUCAUUUGGUGCUGGUCUAUUGAUUUUUGGGGACCUACUUCUUCAUGGAAGAAUUACUUUUAUUCUUAAACUACAGAAUAAUGUGCUAAGUAGUGCUAAAUAGUUCUCAACGAAGAAAACAGUCACUGCAUUUAUUUCUGUAAGUCUUUGUUCAGAGAGGCCUUUAGUCUAGAUUUUGCCAACUGUGCCACACUCUGCACUAAAGAUAUCAGUGCUCUUAGUGUUACUUAGAGGAGAGUACAAGACAGUCGGACCUCUCAGAACUUAGAGUAUGGGAACCGUUUUUAAAGAAAACGACCAUUUCUCUAAGCCAACUUUCUUUAGAGACAUUUUAACUUAUUUAGCUGAAUUCUAGAUUUUUUGGUAAACUAUCAAAUCUGUAUAUGUUGUAAUAAAGUGUCUAAUGCUAGGAGUUUAUUGGAAGUGUUUAAGAAAGAACUCAACUUUUACACUGAUAAAAUACUCUAGCUUGGGCCAGAGAAGAUAGUGCUCGUUAGCACCCUGGCUUGCUUUCCAAGCCUAAUGAAGGGAAAGUCAGCUUACAGAGCCAAUGAUGGAGCCACAUGAAUGGCCCUGGAGCUGUGUGCCUUGUUCCUGUGGCCAGGAGUUUGGUGACUGAAUCAUUUAUGGGCUCCUUUGAUGGACUCAUAAAAGCUCUUAGCUUCCUCAGGGGGUCAGCAGAGUUGUUGAAUCUUAAUUUUUUUUUAAUGUACCAGUUUUGUAUAAAUAAUAAUAAAGAGCUCCUUAUUUUGUAUUCUAUCUAAUGCUUCAAGUUUGGUCUUGGGAAGCUGACAUCCGUGUAGAAGAUGGACUCUGAAAGACAUUCCAAGAGUGCCACGGCAGCAUGGGAGCCUCUUAGUGAUUGUGUCAGUAUUAUUGUGGAAGAUUGCCUUUGCUGUUGUAUGUAAAGUUUCAAAUUGCUCCUCUUGUGACUUUUCAGCCAGUACCAUUUUAUUUACCUGAGCUUGUCAUGGAAGUGGCAGUAAAAAGUAUUGUUGAUGCUGGUGACUGUAACCAAUGUCAUCUUGCUAAAUUCAUGUUUUGUACAAUUACUAAAUUGUAUACAUUUUGUUAUAGAAUACUUUUUCCAGUUGAGUAAAUUAUCAAAGGAAGUUAA